AUGUACGACAAACAGGCCAAGAUCAUCAUCGUGGGCUCUGGCGUGUUUGGGCUUUCUGCAGCCUACCACCUGGUGCAGAACGGGUACACGAAUAUCCAUAUAUUCGACCGCAUCAAUUACAACGAGACCAAGUACCACCCGUUGCGCGGGUCCGAUUGCGCCAGCGGCGACAUCAACAAGUUUUUCCGCGUCUACUACGAGACCAAGACGCUGUAUUCAAAGCUUGCUGUCGAGGCCCUGGAUGUGUGGGACAGAUGGAACGAGGAGAUCCAGCAGCUUCCAGAAGCGGACAAGGCGCGGUUUGUAGACGAUGACCUGGAAUUGAUCCGGCUGUCGGGAGGUCUGCGGAUCUCCGACACGUGCGAAAUGGCCCCGGUCGAAAAAGAGAACCUUGAGGGGUUUGAAAGACUGGGGCUGCGUGCUACUCAGUUUGACAUCGAUUCCGACCAAGACCUGCUCCGGGCACGACUACUGGGGUUCUGCAGGAAACUCGCCGUAAUUCGCGACCUGAAGCAGCGGGGCAAGAUUUCCACGGUUUCCGGCACGCUAGACGGCAUCGGGCGCAUGCUCAAGGCCGACAAGGCGUGUUUUUUCGUGAAAAUCCUGCUGGAGCACGCGGGUGUGAAAUUUUACUACGGUGACCAGGGGACAUUGAGCGACAAAAUAUCAACCGGGGACACUAUUGGCGGGAUUAUCACCGCAGACGGCCAGCACCACGCAGCCGACCUUGUGAUUGUGAGCUCUGGGCCAUGGACCGAGUCGCUCGUGCCUCAGCUGCAGCACCGCAUCCACGCGUCGCUCGCCAAUAUCGUGUAUCUCGAGAUCCCCAAGACCCACCAAGACCUAAUCGACAAGUACUCAGAAUACCCCCACCUGCAGUGGAAGACGACCAGCAGCGAGCACGACCGCAACAAGAACCACGACGUGGGCGAGGGCGGGUUUGCUUUUUUUCCGCCAACCAGAAAGGAAGGAAUCCUGAAAGUCAACACCAGACAGAGAAAGUACUUGAAUCCAGAACGAGUUGGCAACCACUAUGUUUCAGUGCCCAGGACGCUCGGUGACGAGAGGCUGCCAAAGAGCGUUGUCCAAGAAGCCAAGGAAAUUCUAAUGGCAGUAGCUCCCGACGUGGUGCAGCUACCAGGGGUAAAAUUGAAGACUAAAUUGUUGUGGUACACGGACGCCAUUAACAGCGACUUUGUGAUCGACUUUGUGCCUGGGUAUCAAAACCUGAUUGUAGCUACGGGCGGCUCGUCGCACGCGUUUAAGUUUCUGCCUGUUCUGGGCAAGACCGUGGUGGACAGGGUGCAGGGCCGCGAAAACGAGUACACGGAGCUCUUCAGAUGGAAAGAUCCACAGGACAUCAGGGUGGACAAUUAUUUGCUCAAGAAGGAGAAUAUAGAGAGGGACGAAAAGAGAAGGCUUGACACGGCGGUUCUGUGCACAGACGCAGACCUAGAGUUCUCGGCAGCCGACCUUGAACGUCUGGACCAGGUGACUAUUUAG